AUGCUAGGAGCUCACGGCGGCGACGGCGAUGGGAGGGAUCCGCACCGAUCGUGGUGGAAGAAAAUAUCAGGCUGCAAAAACAGCGGCUCGAAGAAAACACCACCACCACCAAGAGGGGCAGCCAAAAAUCUAAAACUUGAGGCUGCCUUGAAGAAAAAUGGAGGCCCGUUACCCAUGUACUUCGACUACAAAUCAAAGACCUUUCAGUCGAUCGGGGACUACGGGGCUAUGUACAAAUCUUUGUUAGGCUCGUUGAUCGGAGAUGUCCCCCAGUACUACGAGUCAUGGGACGAUGUGCCUGAGUCUAUGAGGGACCAUAUUUUGGAGGAAGUACAGCGCUAUUUUGUGAUGGACCAGUACUUAGAGCUUGAUGAGGACGACCCCACCCGGAAGGCAGCAAAACUGGCUUUCCGUGCUGAUGCAGCUAGCAUAUAUAGGCAGAGAAAGUCAAAAUUCAAAUCUCAGCAUUUUACAGCACGGGGGGGUGUAGGCUCAGCAGAUACCCUGCAGACAGCACCGCCAACUGGUAUGGACCCGGAAGAGUGGGGAAAACUAUUGAGUUUCUAUACGAGGGAUGACCGGGUGAAGCGGGCCGAGACAAACAAGACAAACCGGUCCAAACAGGCGGUGGGGACUCAGGGUCGGCGAUCUAUUUCUCUUGCCCACGAUCGGGCGUUGGCCAAGCACCAUAACGAAAAGAAGGAGGGGCCACCCCCCACGUGGGAGUCGACUUGGGCGGCAACCCACAGACUACAACCUCCGGAAGUUGCGGUAUAUACAUAACUUUAAGUUAAAUUACUUUUAAUUACUGCUCCAUUUAUUAAACUUACCUUACUAUUUAUAUGCAGUCCCGUCUG